GGGCGGUGCAAGGAAGCAGCAUUCUCCACGCUGUCCAUGUAAAGUCUGUCAGAGAUAACAGUGGAGAUGGCAGCAGCGACUGGCAGGGGUAUUGUGUUUGUGACUGGCAAUGCCAAGAAGCUGGAGGAGGUGAUUCAGAUACUUGGAGACAAAUUUCCUUGCAAACUUGUAGCCAAGAAAAUUGACUUGCCCGAGUACCAAGGAGAACCCGAUGAAAUCUCAGUUCAGAAGUGUAAAGAGGCCGCAAGGCAGAUUCAAGGUCCAGUCAUAGUAGAAGACACGUGCUUGUGUUUUAACGCUCUGGGUGGUCUUCCUGGUCCUUAUAUAAAAUGGUUCCUUGAGAAGUUAAAACCCGAAGGCUUGCACCGGAUGUUGGCCGGAUUUGAGGAUAAAUCUGCUUAUGCCCUGUGCACAUUUGCGUAUAGCACUGGACAGCCAGAUGACCCUGUACUACUGUUCAGAGGAAAAACCCCGGGACAGAUAGUAUCUCCUCGUGGGCCUCGUGACUUUGGUUGGGAUCCAUGUUUCCAACCUGAUGGCUUUGAACAAACGUAUGCAGAACUGCCGAAAGAAGUGAAGAAUACCAUUUCCCAUCGGUACAAAGCCCUGAGAGAAAUGUCAGAUUACUUUAUACAGAACGGUGCUCCCAAAGUCUAAGGCAAAGAGCGUCAUAAUUGAUAUCUGUGGAGUUUGUGAAGACUGUAUUCAAAUGACUUGAAGACCGCAACCCUCUUGUGAUGUCCUGAUAUAUGGCGCAAAACAUUCAAUAAACUCCAGUGGUUUCUUUUUAUAGAAA